AUGAUGAGCUCUGCAUCCGCCAUGAAAGCUGUUGGAGUUUUUGUUCUGCUUUCGGCUCUAACAUUAGCUUAUGCGAAGAUAUCAGCUGAUGUGAAAGAGUUGCAAAUUGGUGUCAAGUUCAAGCCUCAGAAAUGUGAUAUUCAAGCUCACACAGGGGAUAAGAUCGGUGUCCACUAUAAGGGGAUGUUAACUGAUGGAAGUGUCUUCGAUUCAAGUUAUGAUAGAGGUGACCCUAUCGAGUUCAAGCUUGGAGCUGGUGAAGUCAUUCCAGGAUGGGACCAGGGUCUACUCGGAGCUUGUGUAGGUGAGAAGAGAAAGCUGAAAAUCCCAUCCAAGCUUGGCUAUGGUGACAGCGGAUCACCACCGAAGAUCCCAGGUGGAUCCACACUGAUAUUCGAGACCGAGGUUGUUUCUGUGAACGGGGUAACAUCCAGCGAAGGGAAAACGGAGAACGAGCUUUGA